AUGAAGGUGAUAGACAUUGACACAAUACUGGAGCGUUGCAUCUACAAAGCAUUGCCGGAUUCUGUAAUAACAGAUUCGUUGUUACUUGAGAACCAAUUUCCUUUUUCUCUUCUUCAGACUCUCUUUGAUAAACGAGAUCUCGUAAUUCCAUUAUUGGUAGUGGAAGAUAGGACAGAAAUUGUGUUUAGGAAUUUGGUGGCAUUGGAGCAGUGCCACUAUCUUGAUGCAUCUUACAUUACGGAUUAUAUUGGUGUAAUGGACAUUCUUAUAAACAUGAGCAGAGAUGUGGAUAUACCGAUUCAAAAGAAAGUAUUGAUUAACUGGUUAGGGGAUACUGAUUCUAUGGCUAACCUUUUUACUGGUCUUUUUAAAGGUAUUGUGAUGUCGACUCUAAAGCGUGAAUAUUUUGAUACUCCUUGGAAAAUUGCAGUUUCAACGGCUGGAAUUCUUCUUCUAAUUUUGGCUGUGAUCCAAACAGUUUGUGCUCUCAUAGAAGUAACACAUGGGGAAGACAUCACAUCUAUCUAG